AACUAUAUUAAUAAUAUUUUUUUAUUGAUAUGUUAGAAUGCUUGGUGUUCUGUAUGUGUUAUUCAGCAAUUUCUUGUUUUAAUAAUUGUGAUUAAACUCAGGUGCUUAAGGCAAUGAAAGAAUCUGUUUCAACAAAACCUGCCAUCUUUUCCAUGUCUAGCCCAACCAUGAAUGCUGAGUGCACUGCUAUUGAUGCUUUUAAGCAUGCUGGAGGAGAUAUCGUAUUUGGAAGUGGAAGCCCUUUCGAAAAUGUAGAUCUUGGUAAUGGAAAAGUGGGUCAUGUAAAUCAGGCCAACAACAUGUAUUUAUUCCUAGGAAUCGGUCUAGGAUCACUUUUGUCAGGUGCUCGGCUAAUAACAGAUGGAAUGUUGCAGGCUGCUGAAUGGUAUGCACAUGUUAAUGUGGACUACUUUUAUUAG